AUGGAUUUAGAACCCGAGGACUAUGAUAACCGAAAUCUGACGAAUGAGAACGGCACCGAGAUGGCCAUGGCAUACUACGAUCCUGAGUGGGUUGAAACUGGAGGGAAUAAGACCCAACUAGAUGAUGUACAGGUCUUUGUGAUUGGGCUGUACUCGACCAUAAGUGUGCUUGGUUUUAUGGGAAACAUGCUUAUUCUUAUGGCCCUCAUGAAAAAAUGCAAACAAAAGACGAUUGUAAACUUCUUCAUUGGAAACUUGGCCUUCUCUGAUAUCUUGGUUGUGCUAUUUUGUUCACCUUUCACACUGUCUGCUCUCCUGCUAGACCAGUGGGUGCUCGGUGAACUCAUGUGCCGUCUUAUGCCUUUCCUCCAAUGUACAUCGGUGCUGGUUUCAACUUUAAUCUUAAUCUCAAUUGCUAUUGUCAGGUACCAAAGGAUUAAAUAUCCCCUUUCCAAAAGUUUGACCGUCAGACAGGGCUGUUAUUUGGUUGGCCUUUCCUGGGCUGUUGGCUUUGUGAUUUGUUCCCCUCUUCCCAUCUUCUACAGGCUUGUAGAACCCAAUGGGAAUAAUGGGACAAAUACCACGGCCCCUAAGUAUGUGUGUGUUGAGGCCUGGCCAAAGGAGUCUUAUAGAAUUGCCUUUUCUCUGUGUUUGCUGGUGGUUCAGUACAUACUGCCCUUGAUUUGUCUGAUUGUGAGUCAUACUAGUGUUUGCAGGAGCAUUACCUGUAAGAUGUCUACCCGGGACAUGAAGAAGAGGCUUGAGGAGAAGGAGAAGAGGGAGAAGAAGGAGAGGAAGGAGAAGGAGAAGAGGGAGAAGAUCCAACUGCCCAAGUUCCAACGAUGGAGCUAUACACUAAGCCGAAAACACCGCAAGAUGUACAACAAGAAGUCUUGCGUUGUACCUGUUUUGCGACAUCCUCCUCCCCAAGAGGUUCCAGCCAAAGAGAUUGAAGAAGAAGAAACACCGGCUGAACCGGAGAGGUGCAAGCUGACCAAUGCCAGUCAGAUCAUACCGGGGGUGCCCAUCUGCUUCGUGCUGAAACCUGAAGAAAAGCAGCUUGAAGAGCCGGAAAUGUUGACCAUAUCCCGCUCCAUCUCCAGGAUCCGGAAGAGAUCUCGCCGAGUCGUCUAUCGUUUAACCAUCCUGAUCAUCGUGUUUGCCGUCAGCUGGAUGCCUCUGCAUCUUUUCCAUGUUGUUACUGAUUUUAAUGCUGGCCUUCUGUCUAACAGGCAUUUCCGAUUGGUGUACUGUAUUUGUCAUUUGCUUGGCAUGUUGUCUUGUUGCCUUAAUCCUGUUUUGUAUGGGUUCCUUAACAAUGGCAUAAAAGCAGAUUUGAUGGCUCUUCUGCGCUGCGGUUAG